CUCUCGUAAGCGACCACCAAGGGAAUUCCUGAUUACUGUAGUAUCACUCAACACUUCAUUUGAAGACAGUAAUGCAAAGGAUAUAAAAUCACCGUUAAAGUCUUACAAUGUAAAGUUUGGUGUACUUGACAAGAUAAAUGGAGCAGCUUAUGGGACUUUUGAUGAUAACCUGAUGAGUACUGGGUGGGGUGAACUCAACAUUGUUGCAGGAAAAGGCAAUAAAUAUUCAGACCACAAGAUAAUGUAUGCAGCAGGAUUCUUAGAAGGUGCACUCACAGCCAGACAAAUAAAUGACCAUUACAGCAAUAUAUAUGGGAUAUUUUUCAAGCAUGAUGAUCCCCUAGUUGAAAAAGUGGCACAAUUUUUUACUGAUCAGGAUAAUUGGAUGAGUGACAUGAUUACCAAGAGCUCAAAUAUAUCUUCAUUUUGGAGACAAAUGGGAAAUAUUUUGGCCCAGUUUGAUGGUCUAACUUCUGGUUACAAAGCACAUCCAGCUACAGACAAGCCACUGGAUUCUUUUGCAUUCCAAGUCCUGAAUGGAGUUGGAGACUUGAUUGACCUUAAAACAGCUCUGUCACCUGAAACUAUGCCAGAUUGGGAUCACAUGACUGAAAAGCAAAUACUAUCUCAGAUAUUUACAAGUGGUCAUUGCUCAGCAUUAAUCAAAGUGCUGCCGGCCUAUGAGAACAUAUUUGCAUCUCAUGCAAGUUGGUUCAGAUAUAGGGCCAUGCUUAGGAUAUACAAGCAUUAUAACCUCAACAUACAAGAAAUCAGUACAGGAGCUCGAAGGAUGUCAUUUUCUAGCUAUCCUGGACUCUUGGAAUCUUUAGAUGAUUUUUAUAUAAUGGACAGUGGUUUGAUACUUCUUCAAACGACUAAUAACGUUKUUAACAAAUCACUAUAUGAGUUUGUAAAGCCUCAGUCGUUACUGGCCUGGCAUAGAGUGCGCCUAUCCAAUCUGAUGGCAAGAAGCGGGAAGGAGUGGGCUGAGACUUUUAAAUUAUACAACUCAGGAACUUAUAACAAUCAGUACAUGAUACUGGAUUUAAAACUGGUUGAACUGAACAAAACCCUGCACGAUGGCGCACUAUGGGUCGUGGAACAGAUACCUACAUGUGUAGCCAGUGGUGACCAGACAGCUAUCUUAAGGCUUGGAUACUGGCCAUCCUACAAUGUUCCAUUUUAUGAAAAGAUCUAUAAUCUAAGUGGUUAUCCUGACUUUGUGAGAAAACAUGGUAUUUCUUACUCAUAUGAGUUGGCACCUCGAGCCAAGAUAUUCCGCCGAGAUCAAGCAACGGUCAAUGACAUGGAAUCCAUGAAACAUAUCAUGCGUUAUAACGAUUAUAAGCACGAUCCCUACGCGUUCAAUAAUCCAAUGAAUGCUAUUUGUUCGCGUGGUGAUCUUGAUCCUAAAAAUCCAAUUGCUGGUGGAUGCUACGAUGCUAAAGUGACAGAUUUCUUUAUGGGUAAGUCUUUGGUGUCUUCUGCCGUCAGUGGACCAACAGCUCAGCCCAAGUCACUAGAAGAGGCCGAAAACGCGGCCAGAAUUAAAAAUUCGCUUGCUGAACCACCAAAUAAUAAUUUAACGGCCAGUGAUGUUUUGGCCUUACAACGAGAUUUUAUUAAACAGUUAGAGGAUAAGAAAUUACUUUCUCAGCCUAGAGUAGCUGCUUACGAGCAGAGAAACCAAAACCCACAACCAGGACAGAACGAAGACAAUUCUAUUAGACGCAUAAUCCGAGAAGAAUUACGCUCCAUGGGUAGCAUCUCUAAUAGGGCACCGCCCCCAAACCCCCGUCUGCAGUGGAGAUUUUGGCAGAGAAAAUAG